GAACAAUAAUCAAAAUAUGGAAAUUGUACCCGAAAUAAAAGAUAGCUACUAUAUAACCUAUGGAUUCUUCUAUUUGAUGGGGAUGUUGGUGUAUGUACCGUAUCAUGUCUUCAUUCACGCAUACACGUACUGGAACUUCAAAUUUCAAGAACCAUGUGACGGACCUCCAUCCUCUUCUUGUCCAACAACUGAUUCGAAUCCUCCAGAAGGAUCACCCGAAAGAAAUUAUUUUCAGAGGUGUUUCACCGCCAGCUUCCUCAUAACGUCUCAUUUCACGUUUCUGGCUUUUUUAUUUCUGGCCGUAUUAUUUUCCAAAAAAAUGCCUCCUCCCGUGAAACGAAUCACUUGGGCCUUAAUGAUGGAUUGCUUUCUGUUCGUCAUCAGCACGAUUUUGACACAAAUCGACUUUAGAGAAAGUGUCCGACUGAUUUUCGGGAUUUCCAUUCUACUACUCCUCCUAAUCACUUUUUGUAGUGCCAUUAGUAUGAUAAGCCUCUACGAACUGGUAACCAAAUUUCCGGUUCGCUACUACGCAUCUAUAAUGUCAGGGCCAUCCAUAUGUGGUAUCAUCGCAGUUCUGAUCCAGAUAGCGCUGAUCGGUGCCAGGGUAUCGCCAGAAAUGAAUGGUACCAUAUACUUCACCUUGGGUACCGCCAUCAUGCUAGCGACGACUGUCUUCUACCUCUUCCUUAUUCGAAGAUCCAAGUUCUUCAUAUACACUAUUCAGGAUCAUAGUGCAGCGGACACAUACAGGGAGAUGAAUGACGUGAAGGUUGUGAGCAGAGAGAAAAUGGUCAGCAUAUUCCGGAAGAUAAAAUGGUACUAUGCUUCAUUAAUGAUUGUAGAUGGUACUACAUUCUUGAUUCAUCCUGGUUACACAACCCUUGUAAUGUCCACGGCACAUGACACCACCUGGAGUGAGCUCUAUUUCACACCCGUUGUUGUUCUUCUACUUUAUUAUGUUUGCAAUCUCAUUGGGUUAGAGUCAGCAAGAAUAGUGAAAACGCCUAAGAAUGGUAAAGUGGUUAUGGUACCGUCUGUGAUAAGAUUUUCAUUGAUAACGAUGAUGAUAUUUUGUAAUGCCCAGCCGAGACAACACGUUCCAGUUUAUUUUGGAGAUUCUACGUUCAUAUUUUUGAUAAUCCUCUUGGCUUUCUCAGGAGGAAUUUUGAAGAAUAUCAUUAUUUUAGCGAUUCCAACAGUUGUUCCAAGAGAUGAAAUCGAAGCUGCUAUAGUUCUGGUCCCUUGUUUUUCUGUUGUCGUAGUAUCUUCAUGUACAGCCCUGAGCAUGGCUAUAAAUAAGUUGAUUUGA